CCGGCCCCGGGGCGGGGAGCGAGGCGAGCGCCCGGCGCGGCGUGGCCCCGCUGGGUCUUGGCCGCCGUGUGCCAGGCGGGGCCGCCCGGAGCAGGCGGCAGGCAGAGGCUCGGCCGACCUGGGAGUGCCUGGUGCGGCUUCGGGCGCAGGAGAGGAAUUCAGGGAGUGAAUCAGAGGCUGUUCUAUUGGCGUUUGCCUCUUGAAGCAGAACUCAGCAGAACUUUGGAACUGGUUUCUCUCUCUACAGCAGUGAGUGUCAGAAGUUUAUAUGGAUCAGUGUUAUUGGCUCUAGAGUGACAGGGGAGAUCAACAUUAAGUCUGCUCGCCUGGAUUGAAUUGCAGACUUGAGGCUCUGGAUCCAACUCACACAACUGUUUUAUUGUUCCUUAUGGUGUAGCUGGUGAUCAUCCCUAAGAAGAGAGAAGAUGAUGAGUGAUGCAAGUGACAUGCUUGCUGCGGCUUUGGAGCAGAUGGAUGGCAUUAUAGCAGGUUCAAAGGCGCUGGAAUACUCCAAUGGCAUUUUUGACUGCCAGUCCCCCACUUCCCCCUUCAUGGGGGGCCUGCGGGCAUUGCACCUGGUGGAGGACUUGCGGGGCUUGCUGGAGAUGAUGGAAGCAGAUGAGAGAGAGGGGCUGCGCUGCCAGGUCCCGGACUCAACGGCAGAGGCUCUGAUUGAAUGGCUCCAAAGUCAAAUGACUAAUGGACACAUAUCUGGGAAUGGAGAUGUAUAUCAAGAAAGGCUGGCUCGUCUGGAAAAUGAUAAGGAAUCUCUUGUUCUGCAAGUAAGUGUGCUUACGGAUCAGGUGGAGGCCCAGGGAGAAAAGAUUCGGGAUCUGGAGUUCUGUCUGGAGGAACACAGGGAGAAGCUGAAUGCCACGGAAGAGAUGCUGCAGCAGGAACUUUUGAGCAGAACAUCCCUUGAAACUCAGAAGUUGGAUCUUAUGGCAGAGAUAUCCAAUCUGAAGUUAAAACUUACAUCUGUAGAGAAGGAUAGAUUGGACUAUGAGGAUAGAUUCAGAGACACAGAGGAUUUGAUCCAGGAAAUAAAUGAAUUGCGAUUAAGAGUGGGAGAGAUGGACAAUGAAAGACUCCAGUAUGAGAAGAAGCUUAAAACAACCAAAUCUUUAAUGGCCAAACUUUCUAGCAUGAAAAUCAAAGUGGGUCAGAUGCAGUAUGAAAAGCAGCGGAUGGAGCAAAAAUGCCAGAUGCUAAAGGAUGAACUAGCAGCUUUGAAAGAGAAACUGGAGCAGAAGGAAGCUGAGGUAAAAAGAUUGCAAGAAAAAUUGGUUUGCAAGCUGAAAGGAGAAGGAAUUGAAAUACUGGACAGAGAUGAAAAUUGUAAAAAGAAGCUGAAAGAUAAAAACAUAGAGGUACAGAAAAUGAAGAAGGCGGUAGAGUCUCUUAUGGCAGCAAAUGAAGAGAAGGAUCGGAAGAUAGAAGAGCUUCGACAGUCUCUGAAUAGGUACAAGAAAGUUCAAGACAUGGUGAUACUGGCUCAAGGUAAAAAAGGCAAGGAAAGUGACAGUGAAGACUUCUUGAAUUCAGGAUCAGUUUCUACAGUUUUAUUGGACACACCAAGUCUGACUGACCCAGAGAAAAGUCCAUCCCCAACUCCUGUAACAGCAUCUCCAAUCCACGAUGAGUUUAACAUGAAUAUUCAUGAAGAGAAUUCCUUACAGAUCCACACAAGUGUUUUACAGAUUUCAAUCCCAUCUUUUUCAUCAAUGUCCAAGAGCUCAGAAAUUGUUGCAGAGAAAGUGAAAACGCAGCCUAGGUCAGAUCCUGCAAGUGAUUUGAGUGAAGGAAGAUCAACUGGUUCCUCCCCAGGAACUCAGCUGUGUGACAGUCCAGUAACUUCUUCACUACAGAAGUCCAGCAGUCUGAGCAGUUUGAAGAAGGAGACAUAUGAAGCGGACAGAGACCCUGCACAGAAGCCAACAGAGGUUAAACCUCCAAUGGAAGGUAAUAAUUUUGCAACCCUCCCUCCAAAAUCUCCUUCUCAUGGUGUCACAGGAGAUGAGGAUAGUUUUGGUACCCGUAAAGCCAGAUCUUCAUUUGGACGAGGCUUUUUCAAGAUAAAACAUAACAAGAGGACUGCAAGUGCCCCAAAUCUGGAUCGCAGUCGAAGUGCAAGUGCACCUACUUUAGCUGAAACAGAAAAAGGAUCUGCAGAUCACUUGGACCUGGCUGGCUUGCCCCCUCGACCAAAAGAAACAGAUAGUUUACAGAUGACUCCACCUUCUCCAGAUUCCAAGAAAAAGGCCAGAGGAAUCAAGAAGUUUUUUGGAAAACUUAAAAGAAGUCAGUCUACCACUUUCAACCUAGAUGACAUGUCUGAGACUGAAUUCAAAAGAGGAGGGACAAGAGCAACUGCAGGGCCACGACUGGGCUGGUCUCGAGACCUGGGGCAGUCUCACAAUGAGCUGGACAUGCCAUUUGCCAAGUGGACAAAGGAGCAGGUAUGCAACUGGCUCCAGGACCAAGGACUAGGCUCUUAUAUAAGUAAUGGCAGACAAUGGAUACUGUCGGGGCAAACACUUCUUCAGGCUUCUCAGCAGGAUUUGGAAAAGGAGCUUGGGAUAAAGCACCCAUUGCAUCGGAAGAAGCUUCAGCUUGCUCUGCAGGCGCUUGGGUCUGAAGAAGAAAACAGUCAUGGAAAACUGGAUUACCACUGGGUUACCAGGUGGCUGGAUGACAUUGGCCUCCCCCAGUAUAAGACCCAGUUCGAUGAAGGAAAGGUGGAUGGCCGAGUGCUCCAUUACAUGAGUGUGGAUGACUUGCUGUCCUUGAAGGUUGUCAGUGUCCUCCACCACCUCAGCAUCAAAAGGGCCAUCCAAGUUCUGAGAAUAAAUAACUUCGAGCCUAACUGUCUGCGCAGGAGGCCAUCAGAUGAGAGUAAUGUCACACCUUCUGAGGUCACCCAGUGGACCAAUCAUCGCGUGAUGGAGUGGUUACGCUCUGUUGAUCUGGCAGAGUAUGCACCUAAUCUGCGGGGGAGCGGUGUGCAUGGGGGACUGAUGGUUUUGGAGCCACGUUUCAAUGUAGAAACCAUGGCGCAAUUGCUGAACAUCCCACCGAACAAGACACUGCUGCGACGGCACUUGGCGACUCAUUUCAACCUCCUCGUUGGGCAGGAUGCCCAGCAGAAGAAACGUGAAGCCAUGGAGUCCCCAGACUAUGUCCUCUUAACAGCAACUGCCAAAGUAAAGCCAAAGAAACUUGCCUUCAGCAAUUUUGGAAGCCUGAGGAAGAAGAAGCAAGAUGAUGUGGAAGAGUAUGUGUGUCCUAUGGAACUGGGGAGGGCUUCUGGAAGUGGGUCAAAGAAGGGUUUUAAGCCUGGCCUGGAUAUCCGAGUGUAUGAUGAUGACGAUUUGGACAGACUGGAGCAGAUGGAAGAUUCAGAAGGGACAGUGAGGCAAAUAGGAGCAUUUUCUGAAGGCAUCAACAACUUGACACACAUGUUAAAAGAAGAUGAAAUGUUUAAAGACUUUGCGACUCGCUCUCCUAGCACCAGUAUUACGGAUGAGGACUCCAACGUGUGACGGUAACCACUAGGCACUGAUGAAGGCUCAGCUCACUUUCCUAUGUGCAAGAAACAUCAUUACACAUGACAGGCAGCAAAUCAUGUACAUUACAUUGCUCUUGCUUCUGUUUGUUAGAAGUAAUACUGGGAGGUGGCGAAUUUAAAAAAAAAAAAAAAAAAAAAAAAAAAAGGUGCCUACUCUGAAGUUGCCAUAAGAAACACCCAGACACUGGUGAAUGGUAAUUGUUUUUACUAUAUUUAAUGUACAAACUGGUGGUAUGUUUCAGAGUGUUGCAUUUAAAUUUACAUGGUAUCAUAGUGCUCCUUUUGCUUAUUCUUGUCCUGAUAUAAUCCUUUAUACUGUUUCAGAAUAGAUGUAUUGUGUCCGUAGAUGUUGACCAGCUUUCUCUAGGUUUUCAGCUGAAACAAGAUGUUAUUGCUAUCUGUUUCAAAGGCAUUUGUCCAGCACAAAUACUAGUUCUGCCCUUCCCAUGAUAUCCAAUGUAGGAUUUUAGUCAUUCGUGCCCUCCUUGGUAGCUCUUAAUUGUUGCUUUUAUUUUUAUACUGUUUUAUAUAUAAAAAAAAAAAAAAAAGACAAAGAAAAAAGAAUAUAUGAAGUACAUGUAAAAGCAGAAAUUUAAAUUUUGUGAAAUAGAGUGAUGGAAAGCUUGAGGUGUGGGGGAAGGGGAGAGGUUUGUAAAAGAUUAUCCCAGUUUGCAUACCAGCUGGUUACUGGAAAAGGCAGGCUGACCUUUGGAACUGUUUGCUUUUUUUGCUUUUUACUAAGUGCACAGUAUAAUGAUCUUCCAUUUGGGAUGAAACAAUUAUAAAGCAUGUUUCUACUGGCAGUGACUCUUAUGGAAACUGCAAAUUUAAAAAUGUCUUCUUCCGUGUUCCUAGCAGCAGUAGUUAUAGCAUUCAAGAAGGUUAUUAAUGUUUCUGUGACUUAAAAAUAUUCUGGAGAGUUUUCCUUCAAGUUAAGAGUACUCCCUGCAUAUGGAAGGGAUAUUUCUGUGCUGUAACUAACAUAAAGAUGGUGUAGUUGCAAAAAAAAAAAAAAAAAAAAAAAAUAGAGAGAGAGAGAGAAAUGUAUAGGAAAUAUAUUAUUUCGUAAUAUUAAAGCCAAGGUGGGAAUUUCCCUCAAAAAUACAGAUAGCAAACAUGUUGCAUAUCAUUUUACCUUCUUAAAAUGUAACUCUUUUGCCUUGAAGAUCAUCAGAUUUUAAUAAGUUUAACUAGCCAGUAGAAUUUUUUUUGUCAGAUUUUUUCUGUAUUGCAAGAUGUCCUAGCCAAAAGCCAAAAAAGUAACUGUUUAUUACAGUGGUUGUUUGUAUGGUGUUGAACGUUGCAUGUGUUUUAGCACAAUGGCAUGAAAUUUCUUUGCUUUGUAAAGGAAAAAAAUCCAGUUAGAAUUGCUCCUUGCAGUGCUGUUUGGCUUUUACAAGAGUUGUGUCACUUCCAGCAAAGGUAGUGAUGAAACCAUUUCUGACAUGCUGCUUGUGUGGUAUAAUGGAUUUUAGAUUUCGGCUGAUUUUGUGGGUAUUUCUGAAACACCAUUACAAAAGUUAGGAAGGGAAGGAAGAUUCUUCCAGGGGCUUCCACAGAGCUCCUGUCAGAUGCAGGCUAGACGGGAGGCAUAUUCUAGCACUAUACUAUUGUUACCUUAUAACCUAUUACAAGUCCUUUUUUUUUUUUUUUUGAAGGAUGUGCAGUGAAGGCUAUUUAUGUGCAAAGAUGAAAAAUUUGAUGCGGACCAGUUGUGUUGUAUAUGAUAUCAAGUGCUGCCAUUCUCUCUUUAGUAACUGGAGCCAGGCAAACAAUCCAUAAGUAUUCAUAUUCAGUUUGUGCCACUUUCCGUUUCUCUACAAACAGACUACAACACUGGUGCUUUAUUCAAAAUUCCUGACUAAGUAACAUCCACAAAUUUGCUGUCUGUUGUUUCUUCCUCUGCUGUCUUGGGGGUGUUUGAGCUAUUUUAAUUAGGCAGAAAUACCACAUUCUGUAAUGCCUGCUUCCAGCUUUCAGGUGCAAAUACUCAGAUGUGGAUUCAGGGCUUGCUUUCUGUGAAUAAUUUGCAAUAUGGUUGUUAUUUACAUGUAAGUUGGGCUCAAGACCCUGCUCUUACCAGUAGAGAAGCACUGGGAAGACAUGGCACAGGCUUCUGAGCAACAGUAUUCCUCUAGAUUCACUCUUUUAGCAGGCGCUGUCUAGUGGACAUAAUGGCUGGAUAUUCACAGGGAAAAAAAAGGGGCUAGUGACACAAUAUUAUGUGCUGAAACAAGUAUAAGCAAAUACUCUCAAAUUUCUUUUCAGUCCAGUGCUAUUAACAAACAUGUUGGCAGCAGCAGAUGAUCAUUUGUUUUUAAGUCCAGUGUAAGUAAAAUUCUGCUGUGAACAACCCAUUUCAGUAUCUACUGGUUGGAAAAUUGGUUUUCCCUUCAAAGCUGCCUAUCAUCUGAACCAUAAUUAUUUUAUGGGGGUCUAAUAUGAAAGCAAGGGAUGAAGUCAGGAAGUUUAUGCGCGCAUGUGCACAAAAUUGAUACCGUUGUGGUAUUUUAAUUUGUGCGUUUUUGAAGAGGGCAACAUUACUACUGUGUAUUGCCAUGUAAGAUCCAAUAAAAUCUGUGGAAAAUG